AUGUUAUCUGUGAUUCAUGCAAACUAUCUCCAUAGGUGGUUCAAGAUCAACCAAAAGAAGUCGAAGCAAGUUGUAACCAAUUGUUCAACUGGUUUAGACAACGAGGUUCAUAUGAAGGAUGGUGCCUAUCAGACCCAGAAUCAUCUGAAGCAAGUUCAAGCUUCAAAAGUGAACCUGGAUGAUUCUACUGCGUUUGAACCUUUUUUUCUAGCCAACAAGUAUACAAUUGAGAGGGAUGAUCAUGUUGGGGAGACAGACAUACCAGAGAGGAUGCAGAUGAUUGAAGAAAUCACGGGGCCUCCUCCGCUUGAUGCAAGGAGCAUAGAAGAGGAAGCUUCUUGGAUACUUAAUCAAAUUGUAAUGAAUUCAUAUAUUUUAUUUUGCAACAAAAGAACUGCAGAAAGAUAUGAAGAAGUAUCUAUUCUUCUCAACAAAAUUAAGAAGGAAAAUGUUAUGAAGUUCUUGGAAUUGCAUCAUGUGAAGAAGUUUGAUGUGAGUAGCAAUAGCUUUAGAUACUAA